CCUCGGCAGGCCUGGCCGCGGCUGCUGGGCAUGCUCAGUGGGCAGGACUCGUUAGAGUGGCGAGCGGCACAGGCACCAAGAUGUCCAACCGAGUGGUCUGCCGGGAAGCCAGUCACGCCGGGAGCUGGUACACAGCCUCAGGACCGCAGCUGAACGCACAGCUAGAAGGUUGGCUUUCACAAGUACAGUCUACAAAAAGACCUGCUAGAGCCAUUAUUGCACCCCAUGCUGGAUAUACGUACUGUGGGUCUUGUGCUGCUCAUGCUUACAAACAAGUGGAUCCAUCUAUUACCCGGAGAAUUUUCAUCCUUGGGCCUUCUCAUCAUGUGCCCCUUUCUCGAUGUGCACUUUCCAGUGUGGAUAUAUAUAGGACACCUCUGUAUGACCUUCGUAUUGACCAAAAGAUUUACGGAGAACUAUGGAAGACAGGAAUGUUUGAACGCAUGUCUCUGCAGACAGAUGAAGAUGAACACAGUAUUGAAAUGCAUUUGCCUUAUACAGCUAAAGCCAUGGAAAGCCAUAAGGAUGAGUUUACCAUUAUUCCUGUAUUGGUUGGAGCUCUGAGUGAGUCAAAAGAACAGGAAUUCGGAAAACUCUUCAGUAAAUAUCUAGCGGAUCCUAGUAAUCUCUUUGUGGUUUCUUCUGAUUUCUGCCAUUGGGGUCAAAGGUUCCGUUACAGUUACUAUGAUGAAUCCCAGGGGGAGAUUUAUAGAUCCAUUGAACAUCUAGAUAAAAUGGGUAUGAGUAUUAUAGAACAAUUAGACCCUGUAUCUUUUAGCAAUUACUUGAAGAAAUACCAUAAUACUAUAUGUGGAAGACAUCCCAUUGGGGUGUUAUUAAAUGCUAUCACAGAGCUACAGAAGAAUGGAAUGAACAUGAGCUUUUCCUUUUUGAAUUAUGCCCAGUCAAGCCAGUGUAGAAACUGGCAAGACAGUUCAGUGAGUUAUGCAGCUGGAGCACUCACGGUUCACUGAAGCUCUGAAUCCUCAGGGAUGCCACCUGCACAUACUCAUACUCUGUCCAGGGUCCCAGCCUAACCCUUACCAAGAUACUGGUCCUGGUUUGGGGGGAUUCCGAAACCUCAAACUAAUAGAACUUUCUUCUCUUCUUUUUUAGUAGGUGUAGUCCUUCCUUAAUUUCAACUCAUUAAAAAAAUGCUUUAUAGUUUAGAGCAGUGGAAGGAAGGCUGGCAUCAAAAUAUUUCGAUCAAAAAAAGAGGCAAUGUAAAGGCCCAGUUGUGGCAGUCAGUUUUUUGAAAGUAACUUGUAAAGCAUUUACCAUAUCCUAAAUUUGCACUCUUUGCAGACUUGUGCACAUAUACUCCGCUUUCAGAAUAGUUUUGCAAAAUUGUACACAAACAAAAAGGGUGGAAGCUUUUUAAUAAAGAAAUUGCAUUUAUAAAUGAUCUGUAUUAGAAAAUAAUAAAUCUCCAGUUAUAGUCAAUUACUACCCAUGUUGUACAACAGAUACCUUCUAUUUUAGUUGCUAAUAAAGGGCUACACAACUCAAAA